GCUGGCGUGAUGAUGUCAGAGACUCUCCCUCAUUUCUCGUCAUCUUUUCCGUCAUCUCACCCCAUUUCCUGUCAGCUGCAUGGUGCCGACUCGUCCUUCUUCCUUGUCCAUGACUCUCCACAGGAAGUGAUGCGGAAUGGGACUCUGAGCUCUCUUAGUCAGCCUCUUUAUCUCCACCUACUGAAGUCUAGCUCCACCCCUUCACUGUCUGUGAACUGUAGCUAUAGCAACAUCACUGCUGAGGCACUGGUACCUCCGGAGCUCAUCCACAGGGCGUGGUCGAGUCCUGGAGUCGGCCCUGCCUUUUUUUCUAAACCUUUAUUGGGGUGGAAGGUGAAAUCUCACCUGCUGAGCUCAUCCAUAGGGGCAGAGCAACCUCGGGUGCAUGUAUUGUUCUAUCUGAUUGGACACAGUUGGAAGGAGGCGGAGCUUCCGAUGGAGAACUUACCAUGUGUACAUGUUGUUGGGACACGCGACCAAUCGGACGGCUCCGUCUCUGCCGCAUGCAGACUGCAGGGCAUUCUUGGAAUGUGUGUGGUCCAGCUGGGCGUGCCCACUUCCUGGUUCAGUCCGGUGCUGAGCCGCAGAUGGCUUCAGGAGCCAGCCAUGGAGCUGCACUACUUCCUUGGGCCUGCAGAGAGAAGGAAUGGCGAGUGUCCAGGUGGUAGGGAGCAAGGGACGAGUGUAGGGGACUUGCGGCGGAUCGGGAUGGUGACCCUGACCUCUGGGGACAGUAAAAGAGACGGGACAAGGGUGAGACUGGACCAGAAUGUGGAGAUUGUCACGCCAUCUCGUCCUGUCAAACAGGGACAGAACGUCAAAUUCAGAGUCCUGCUGAACACAGCGUCCACGUCUGAACAACUCACACUUAGGGUGCAGUAUGGGGAAGGCAUCAACUUUGUAGUGGUGAAGCCCAGUAAUAUUGCUACGUGGGAAAUCAAACAGGAAGUUGCUCCAGGCUCCGCCUCCUUUUCCAUAUUCUGUGAGAGGAAGACCAGUUCAUCCAAUGAGAGGAUGGACAGCUCCUUCGAGGAGGUGAUGUUGGUGGAUUUUGAGAUGGAUAACUUCAUCACACUGCAGGCGUCUCAUACUGUCCUCUGGAGGGUUGAAUAUCCGUCUACAGGAGAAACCGCUGAAUCUGUCACACUCGUCUACGUCAGACAGAGGGAUGUCCUGGGCAUCGUCCCACUCUCUGAGGACACAGAGAUCCUGAACACAGCAAUUCUCACCGGUCAGCGUGUGUCACUUCCUUUGAAGGUGGUCACUGUGGACCAGGAUGGGACUGUGCGAGAGAUUGAUGACCCGGUCACAUGCAGGUCUACUGAUGAGGAUGUCUUGAAGGUCUCUCCAGCCUGUGACGAGGUGUUUGUUAACGGUAAAGAGAUGAGGGGGGGUGUCUCUGUGAGGGUGAACUUUACAUACCUGUAUUUAAACAGCCAGUUAGAGCUGAAUGUCUGGGUGCCACGGUUACCACUGCAGAUUGACGUCUCUGAUGUGGAACUGAGUCAGGUGAAAGGAUGGAGAGUCCCCAUCAGUGGAAACAAGAGGCCGACUCGAGACAGUGAGGAUGAUGAUGAUGAUGAACGGAAGGGGAAAGGAUGCACACUGCAGUAUCAGUAUGCUCUUGUUCGUGUUCUCACACACUUUGUGGCCGAAUCGAGCGAUCCCUCUAAUGACCUCAUCCACAUGCUGGGCCCUGAUUGGUCAGCAGACAUUACAGACCUGGUACUAGAUUUUCUGAAGGUGGAAGAUGAGCGAAUUGCACGACUCACAGAUGGGAGAGUGUUAAUGGGGAGGGACCUGGGCAUUACCACCAUACAGGUGAUUUCUCCCCUGUCGGACUCCAUCCUGGCUGAGAAGACCAUCACGGUGCUGGAUGAUAAAGUCAGCGUCUCUGAUCUCAUCGUUCAGAUCAUCGGCUCUCUCUCCGUUUCCCUUCAGCUCAGUCCACAACACAAUAAUGCCAUUUAUUUUACUACUACUGCUAACGACCUGCUACACACACACAAACAGGAAGCCGUAAUCAGCGCAUGGAUUCAGUACAGCGAUGGCUCUGUGACGCCUCUCGACAUCUACGACCCUAAAGACUUCACUCUAGCUGUGACCUCACUGGACGAGCAUGUCAUAUCCACCAAUCAGGAUCAGUUUCAUUCCUGGCCCAUCGUGACUGCUGAGCAUGAAGGUCAAGGGUCACUGGUGCGUGUAGAGAUGCUGAUCUCUGAAACAUGCCAAAAGUCCAAGAGGAAGAGUGUGUUAGCAAUGGGGGUCGGAAGUGUACGGGUUAAAUUUGGUCAGGAGGAGAAGAGUAGGGAGCAGGGGGAGGGAGGAUACAGCGAUUUGGACAAUGGCACCAGCGAACAUAAACAGAACGUCCAAGUUUUAGAAGAAGAUGAUGAUGAUGGUGAUGGAUGGAAGUUCACAAAUGCAGAGGAAGUUUCACUUAAGAAGGUCAGUGCUACAACAAAGUCAGCUGUAACCAAUCAGGGGAGCAAUAACAAAGCAGGGGGGGAGGGGCAACUCAAUAACCCCACCCAGGAUGAGAUCCCUAGUGAUGAGCUUACUGCAAACCCACGGCGUCUUUCAGACCUGGAGAUCGGCAUGUACGCACUGCUCGGCGUCUUCGGCCUCGCCAUCCUCGUCUUCCUCAUCAACUGCAUCAGCUUCGCCUUCCGCUACAGACACAAACAGCUUCCUGUUUUAGACCGCAGCACUCUUAACCAUGCCCAUGACUGGGUGUGGCUUGGAAAUGGGGCGGAGCUUCAGGAUCGGCAUCAUGGCGACUCCGAGCUCACCACGACGGCAAUCGAUCGCAACGAAGGUGUCGAGGAAAGCAAAUAUCUGUUGAACAUAAACCUAAAUGGGGGUGGGUCUCAGAAAAGAAGCUCCACCCACACACAGGAAGGGGUUGAGCCCAGCGUGAAAAAAAGAGUGAAAUUCACACCUUUUACAACAGUCAUGACUGACGAGAGCACACCGUACGCUAACGUCAUAGGAAACGAAGAUGAUAUAAAGUGGGUGUGUCAGGAUGUGGACGUGGGGACGUAUAUGGAGAGACUGCAAGACAAUCUGUGAACAAAGGAAUAAAAACAGACUGAGAGAGAGAGAGAGAGAGAGAGAGAGAGAGAGAGAGAGAGACUCGAUACAAACUCACCUGUAAUGCCUUUGCAUGGAGGAGGAAACAUUCAUCUACGCUGGAGUGAGAACGGAGCAGAAAAAAGACACAAAAUAAUAAAAUGAAGAUGAACAGAUUAAAGUGUUUCAUUGCCUUUAAGGGCAAAAGUGUUAAAGGAAAGUUUAAAUAUAGAGAUAAAGAAAAAAGCACAGAGAG